CCUGUCUGUGCGUUUCUGUGUGUGUAUGUGUGUUGUGUGAUGACGCGAUGAUCCGCAAGCCAUAGAGGGAUCGAUGGAGACUGGUAUAGAUGGAGACAUACCGAUAGAGGGACGGAAGACAUCGUGGCACUAGAACUGUAGUGUAUGGGAAUAUCAAGUAGAGAGAGAAAGAGAUAAAUAUAGCUUCAACAACGAGAGAGAUAGUGAGAGAGAGAGAGAGAGAGAGAGAGAACACGGGCUGUGAAUUCGCGGACGACAUGAGAUCUCUACAUGAAUAGUAUAAAAUGUUUUAAAACUCAGCGUUUUGCCUUACAAACGUGUUGUCCGGAGACAGCCACUAAAACAGGACUACACAUCAAGUUCAGGCAGUAGGGGGCAGCAUGCCUGAGCAGAGUAAUGACUACAGGGUGGUGGUGUUUGGAGCGGGGGGAGUGGGGAAGAGCUCCCUGGUCCUACGCUUCGUUAAAGGCACCUUCAGGGACACCUAUAUUCCCACUGUGGAGGACACCUAUCGACAGGUGAUCAGCUGUGAUAAGAGUGUGUGUACUCUCCAGAUAACUGAUACAACAGGCAGUCACCAGUUCCCUGCCAUGCAGAGGCUGUCCAUAUCUAAAGGACAUGCCUUCAUACUGGUCUACUCUGUAACCAGCAAACAGUCACUGGAAGAACUGAAGCCUAUCUACCAACAGGUGAUAGCCAUAAAGGGGAACAUAGAGGCCAUCCCCAUCAUGUUGGUGGGCAACAAGAGUGAUGAGACCCAGAGAGAGGUGGAGACUAAAGAUGGAGAGGCACAGGCGACCACGUGGAAGUGUGCGUUCAUGGAGACGUCAGCGAAGACCAACCACAACGUGACCGAGCUGUUCCAGGAGCUGCUCAACCUGGACAAGAAGAGAAACAUGAGUCUCAACAUCGACGGGAAACGGUCCGGAAAACAGUCCAGAGCCGAGAGACUGAAGGGAAAAUGUAGUGUGAUGUAGAGAAGAGGAGAGAGGGAUGGAGAGGAGAGAAGGAAGGAAGGGAGGUAACAAGGAAGACAGAAAGUGUGAGGAUAGAAGAGAAGGAAUGGGAGAGGGAGAGAAAGAGAAGAGAGUGAAGAGAGGACCACUGGUGGGUUCUAUACCUCUCCCUCUCAGUAUCCUCCUCUCUCUUUUCCUGUCUGCCUGACCAGGGUCCUAACCCUCCAUACAGUCCCACUGUAGUGAAAAGAUUUGGGGGGUAUUCUGAACACGACUCCAACCCGCAACCCUGCAUCUGUCUGCAUCAGUCCAACACCUCAGCCAUUACGCCGUGAGGUCCCAACCUCUUGGCGAGGUCACUAGAUGUUACACUAGGGACACUCCAACAUAACGUACAUAUCCUAUGUAUACAUGGCCUCCCUCUCUAGCACCUCUGAAAGAUACAGACAGUAUUACCCCCUAGCCGUGUCUAACUGUCAUCAUGCAAAGUGGAGAAUCCUCUUAACUCGUCAUUCAAAAUGGCUUCUAAAUCAUUAUUUGAACUGGAGAAACGUUGAACUUGUGAGAUCAAGACUUUAGCUCAGUGUUAAAACAAGGGAAGGACCGUGGUUCACGUCUGACCUGGAAUCCGAGGAAACAGAACCCGGGAAAGAAAGAUGUGGUAGUUGGACUGAAAUGUUAAUAAGAAGUCUGCCUGGGACACUUGGUAGUUGGACUGAAAUGUUAAGAAGUCUGCCUGGGACACUUGGUAGUUGGACUGAAAUGUUAAGAAGUCUGCCUGGGACACUUGGUAGUUGGACUGAAAUGUUAAGAAGUCUGCCUGGGACACUUGGUAGUUGGACUGAAAUGUUAAGAAGUCUACCUGAGACACUUGGUAGUUGGACUGAAAUGUUAAGAAGUCUGCCUGGGACACUUGGUAGUUGGACUGAAAUGUUAAGAAGUCUGCCUGAGACACUUGGUAGUUGGACUGAAAUGUUAAGAAGUCUGCCUGGGACACUUGGUAGUUGGACUGAAAUGUUAAGAAGUCUGCCUGAGACACUUGGUAGUUGGACUGAAAUAUUAAGAAGUCUGCCUGGGACACUUGGUAGUUGGACUGAAAUGUUAAGAAGUCUGCCUGGGACACUUGGUAGUUGGAUUGAAAUGUUAAGAAGUCUGCCUGGGACACUUGGUAGUUGGAUUGAAAUGUUAAGAAGUCUGCCUGGGACACUUGGUAGUUGGACUGAAAUAUUAAGUCUGCCUGGGACACUUGGUAGUUGGAUUGAAAUGUUAAGAAGUCUGCCUGGGACACUUGGUAGUUGGACUGAAAUGUUAAGAAGUCUGCCUGGGACACUUGGUAGUUGGACUGAAAUGUUAAGAAGUCUGCCUGGGACACUUGGUAGUUGGACUGAAAUGUUAAGAAGUCUACCUGGGACACUUGGUAGUUGGACUGAAAUGUUAAGAAGUCUGCCUGGGACACUUGGUAGUUGGACUGAAAUGUUAAGAAGUCUCCCUGGGACACUUGGUAGUUGGACUUUGGUUGGAUGGAUGAUGGAGUGGACUUGGAACAUGUGAAGAGGUAUUAGAAAAGUUUGUUGUGGGAUUUGGACUGGGACUACUGCGGAUGAUGUCACUGGGAAUGUUUGCGUCGGUUGGCUUUGGCCCUUGUUGUUUCAUGUGAGGAGCCUUUCUGUUGGCCUUGUGUUUCCCAUGCCAAGCAGCUGAAUCCUCUUCAUACACAGAGAAGCACAGACAGGAUGGAGUGACGACUCUGCUCGACGGAGGAAAGACACUCGAUUAGUUUUAUGCCAUGCAAAUACCAUCACAUUGCACUUAAUGUCACACACACAAAGAUAAAUGCACACAUACACGCUUUUUGGAGACCAGUGGUCAUUCACCAAGUGUAUUCCUACAUAGUAUGUAAAUGAAAAAGGAGUGAUAUUAUUAUGUAAAUGUAAUUAUAUUAUUGUCCCAAACACCUCUAUUGGUUUAUGUAAAGCAAUAAGGUUGUUUGUCAAAGUACAGAAUAUAUACUCCAGGUGGAAGUUGCCCCUAAGCGCAGAUCUAGGAUCAGCUUACUCCCCAAAUCAUAACUUUAACCAUUAGAGGGGAAUGCAAAACUGAUCUUAGAUCAGCAUUUAUGGACAAAGUCAUCCUACUUCUUACUAUACAGGAGAGCUAAAAGCACAAUCAUUUGAUUGACGUUUUGUUUUUGUUUUACCAUGUUCCGUUAUCUAUCUUGCAGAAUAAAUAACGGCCAAUAUAUUUUGAACAGAGGUGGGGGAAGGAGGGAGGAGCUAUCCAGUAGUUAUUAUUCCAGGUGACUUGUAAUGUGUACAGUGUACGGUAUUUAAACGUGUGUAAAGGUCACCAUAAGGCUGUGGAUUGGUUAUAUAGCACGGUAUUGUAACGAAACAGACAAAAGGCUAAGCUGCAUCGCAAAUGGCACCCUAUUCCCUAUACAGUGCACUACUUUUUGACCAGAGCCCAUAUGCUCUGAUCUAAAGUAAUUCACUAUAUAGGGUACCAUUUUGAACACACUAUGUGAGGGAACCCAGAUCUAAACUGUCUUUCUGGAAUAACACCGUUGGACCCAAAGAAGUAGAAAACACCCCUUCAUAUCUCUCUCUAGUAAAGAAGCACGGAAUUGAUUAGAGUUUCAACCAGGGAUUGGAGUUCAUUUUCAAUUCAGAAUAUUCAUUGAAAUGCUGUUCAUGAAAGGAAAAAUCUGUCAUUGAAUAACAAUGGGCAAAUUGAAUAGACUGAAUUAGAAAGAGGAAGGUCCCCAUCCCUGGUGGCCACUGUGUAUAGGGUAUUGAGAAGGUACGUUGUGUUGCUAUGUGCUGUGUUAUAUUUAUGGCCCAAAUGUUUUCCUGACCUCAUGCCCUGACCAGGAAAACGCUGAUCCCCAGUUGUAGGCUAUAGCUAAGGCUCAGAGUUGUUGUUGUUCAGAUCACAUGCUCAGGAAAAGGUCCUGUAUCUGAUUAGAAAACAGUGUUAUAGUGCAGUAUUACACUAGAACUAUAAUAUAGUAUACAGUCAUCUAUUAUUCAGAUCAGAUUGACAUAACCCACAUUUUAAUGAAUUAUGUGAAAUGUUCUACAUCAAAUAGUAUCAAACUAGUGUGUGUGUGUGUGUGUGUGUGUGUGUGUGUGUGUGUGUGUGUGUGUGUGUGUGUGUGUGUGUGUGUGUGUGUGUGUGUGUGUGUGUGUGUGUGUGUGUGUGUACAGUGCACUCAAUAGUGUUAGUUUGAAUCAGCACAGACACCUUUACCCUAUCCUCCCACAAUAUUCAGUGUGUGUGUUAAUGUGGUUUUAUGAAGUGUCUGUCAGAGGUUCCUUGUGGAGAUGACCCACACGUUCUGCAUGAGUCACACUGCUCAGGCUCAUGCACACACACACACAUACACACACGUACUGUACACAGUACACACCAAGCAGACAGCGAGCAGUCCUCUGUGCCACAGAAACCUCAUUAUCUGCGUCUCAUGCGGCACCCUAUCCCCCGAUGUGAUUCUGGUCAAAAGUAGUGCACUACAUAGGGAAUAGGGUGUCGUGAGGUUUGCACAUUGUCUCUUUUUCUGCACUACUGUGUCACCCUGUAACCCGUCUGUUGUACGGUUCCUAUUAGUUUUACCACUUCCCUUCACUCCACAUCUGUAGAUAGCUGUAAAUAGCAAUUAGAGUGAUAUAGCUGGAGGUGGAUAGAGGAUUUAGAAAUGUUAGGGAAUGGAGACAUCAUGGCCCCCUUUGCCCUCCUCAAAGGAUUGUGGGUAGUGUGGUUCUCUUAGGAGUGAAAAGAUAGAGCUGCCAACUGUGAUUCCACAGAACGUUAUUAUAAUCAGAGAAGGGAUGGGCCCUGAGGAAGAUCUCUCACCUCAUUGGUUGAACACCUGGGGGACUGGCCAGAGCCCAAAUGGGCAGAGUCCUCCAGAAAUGAACCAAUGAGAGGGUUUCUUUUUUCACGUGUGUAGUUUAGAGUGCUGGAUCCUGUCUUGAGAUCCACACACAAAACUAGACUUUCCUCACAAAUAUAUCAAUAACAUGAUUUACGUGAAAGUCUGAUUUUGUUGUAUGUCAAGUUAGGAAUGGGUUCAGAGAGCAUUCCUAUAAUGACUCAUGAAUGGACAAAGAGGCUGCUGUAUGGCUGAAUCAAAACCAAGAUAGAAACACACAGAACAGAGCUGAUAUGAUUCUAGAAUAGAUUAUACAAGCCAGAUAGUUGUCUGUUCUACGUAGUUUCUACCUGAAAAAGACCCUACAGCCUUUCACUGAUGUGUGUUAUCAGAAAGUCAUGUAGCUGGAAAAUGGGCAAUGAUCAUGUUGCAGAAGAGAAGUGGCACAAAGGACUAUGGGAAGAGUAGUUCAUUGAGUGUAGUUAAUCAGAAACAUGUUCUAUAAACUCAAGCCUACCAAGGAUGCAGUUUGUAAUUUUUGCAUCCCCCUAGAUCAUACUAUCAGCCCAGAAACAACUCCUAGCCCCUAGCAGUUCAAAUACCUGAAGGGACUGGAUAGAGGACAAGGUUAACUAUUAGGCUUUGGGGAACUUCCACCAUAUUGUUUACGCUUGUCUGCUCUGCCAAACACAAAACGUGGAAGUGCCUCCAAGUUGUUUCUGGACCGGGCCUCUGAGGGGUGCAAUGACUUCUGGGCAGUGUAGUUCUACUAACCUCCAUCUCUGUCCUUCCCUCCCUGCAUGGCCCCAAUAAGUGUUCCUCCCAGCCAGCAUGAGAACCAAUAAGGACGCAAACUGUGAAAUUAACAUAUUUGUAUUUUAUUAUUAUAAUUCUUCUGCAUUAAUAAUGUCUUUGGUUUGAAAAGUGUAACUGUUUUUAAUCUCUUAUUGUUUUUGUAAACAUGUUUUUUGUUUGGACAUUUUUUUUAACAUAAUGAUCAUGUAUAGACAUUUUAUUAUUUUAUUUUUAAUAUAGUUAUUAUUAGAAUUAUUCUAGCUAUUUAUUCUAGCAAUAGUCUUCCUACUAUAAUGUACUGUGGCAAUGCAUCCUAACUAUAAGAUAUCAUGUAUAUGACGAAAUUAUCAUAUCGAAUCUGCAAAAGGAUUUUCCUAAUAAAAACAACAGUUAAGAA